AUGAGUAUUCCUCAAAGGGCUUCUGGUAGUAUUGGACAAGAUAAUGAUCAAGAAGAUUUCAAUUCCGCUAAAUCAAACAUGUCACCAGAUAAUGAUUUUAUAGAUGAUCCUUUGGCGAGGGAAAAAAGAUUUUACUACCUCGCCACUUCCGUUCCCCUCUAUCAAGCUGCCCUAAAAGGAGAUUGGAAAGUUGCUAAGGCUCUAUUUGAGAAAUAUCCAGAUGUCUUUCGCCGUCCCAUAACAGAAGGGAAUGAGACAGCUCUUCACAUCGCAGUCACAGCAGAACGCACUGAUUUUGUUAAAGAACUGGUCAAAUGUAUGGAUCCGGUUGAAAUAGCAUUACCAAAUAACAAUGGAAACACAGCCCUUUACUUUGCUGCUGGAUCAGGAAUCGUGUCCAUUGCCCAGGAGAUGGUGGAAAAGCAAAAGGAACUGCCAUUAAUCCGCGGUAGCGGUGACAAGACCCCACUUUACGUGGCAGCUUUAAACGGACGUAGAAAGAUGGUGUCGUAUCUAUACCCUCUCACUCCUUUUGAAGAUUUGGAAACUAUCGAACGCAUUGAUAUCCUUAUUGCUACUAUUUCUACUGAUAUGUACGAUAUAGCAUUGAAUAUUCUGAUUAAGGAUCGAAGUUUAGCAACUAUGGAGGAUAGCUAUAAGAGAAUAGCACUGCAAGAGUUGGCUAGAAAACCUUUUGCAAUCGGCAGGAAAAGUCAGCUAUCAGUAUGGGAAAGAUGCUUAAACAACUCCUGGUUCAAAGGAAUGUGUAACAAAGCUUUGAUGCAGACAUUAGCUUAUGAAUUAGUUGAUCUUCUUUGGAAAGAGGUUCUAGUAUUGCCAAAAAACAAGUUCGAAAACCUAGUUAAGAAGCAUUCGACUUUUAUUUUUAAAGCUGCAGAAUUAGGGAAUGUUGAAUAUCUAAUUAUACUAAUACGCUCUUAUCCUGAUCUCAUAUGGAGAGUAGACAAAAACAACCAAAGUAUAUUUCAUAUUGCUGUUAAACAUCGGCAAGAGAGCGUGUUCAAUCUAAUAUAUGAGAUAGGUGCUAUCAAGGGUAUCGUUGCACAAUAUCCUGACCUAAAUGGGAACAACAUGCUACAUUUAACUGGACAAUUGGCUCCUUCAGAUCGACUAAAUAUCAUAUCAGGAGCAGCUCUUCAAAUGCGACGAGAGUUAUUAUGGUUUAAGGAGAUAGAAAAGAUUGUACCGCCUUCAUACAAGAAGAUGAAGAAUAUAGAUCAAGACGGUAAAGCUGUAGAUCAAGACGGUAAGAUUGUACCGUCUUCAUAUACACCUUGGGAAUUAUUCAUUGAGAAACACGAAAAGUUGAAAGAACAAGGUGAAAAGUGGAUGAAAGACACAGCAAACUAUUGCAUGCUUGUGGCUACACUGAUUGCCACAGUAGUUUUUGCUGCAGCUUUUACUGUACCAGGUGGAAACAAUCAAGAAAUAGGAACACCAAUUUUUUUGAAAAGUAACUGGUUUAUGGUGUUCUUCAUAUCAGAUGCAGUGGCACUGCUCUCCUCUUCGACUUCGAUACUAAUAUUUUUGUCAAUUCUCACUUCGCGUUAUGCAGAAGGGGAUUUUCUCGCGUCAUUGCCUGCAAGGUUGUUUUUUGGACUUACAACACUCUUCAUCUCUAUAGCAAGUAUGGUUGUAGCUUUUAGUGCAACUUGCUUUUUGGUUUAUUACAGUAAAGUGGCAUGGGUUCCAAUUGUUAUAAUUGCUUCAGCUGGUGUCCCAGUUACUUUAUUUGUUGGGCUACAUUUUCAACUUUGGGCUGAUAUUAUCCGCUCAACAUACUGGUCCAAGUUCCUUUUCCGGCCACAUAAACAUAGGCUUUUUUAG